AUGGCAGGAGGUAGAAACGAUCGCGCAAUCGCUGAUGCUCUGCAAGCGAUGGCUCAAGCUAUUGGUAAUCUAAACCAACGACCAGAGAUAGAUUGGCUAGAGAGAUUUCAGCGAAAUAAUCCGCCAAGCUUUCGUAGAGGCUAUAAUUCUGAUGGAGCUGCUGAUUGGAUUUUUGAAAUUGAAAAGAUAUUCCAAGCUAUGGGAUGUCCUUUGAUACAGAAGGUAACUUUGGCCGUUUUUAUGCUUUCUGGAGAGGCUGGCAUCUGGUGGCAAGGUGCUUUGCAAAGAAUGAUGGCUGUGGGAACUCAAGUAAACUGGGAUAAUUUCAAGCGGCUGUUCUUGGAGAAAUAUUUUCCCCGAGAUGUGAGACAUAAGAAACAGGUGGAAUUCCUUGAAUUGAAACAAGGAGAGAAUUCAGUGGCUGAAUACGUGACUAAAUUUGAAGACUUGGUUAGAUUCUGCCCUAUGUAUGAUGGUGUAAACAAUGAGGAGGACAAAUGCGUGAAAUUUAUGAGCGGUCUUCGCCUUGAGAUCAAACAAGUGUUCAAUUAUCAAGGGAUUACUCACUACCAUGAAUUGGUAAACAAGUGCAGAGUAUAUGAUGAGGACAACCGAGCUAGGGUAACUCAUUAUAAGAGUGGAGGACCGAUGAGAAAUAUUAAGUUUGGUCCAGCUAAUAAGAAUAAACCUUAUACCAAGUUCUAA